UUGAAUCUUUGAUCCGUCAAAAACAAAAUCGCAACAGAAUUAGGGUUUUACGAUUUAACCAGUAUAAAGAGUAGUGAACGUAGUAGAUCGAAAUCGGUGUUCGUCUUCGUAGCUCUCAUUUUUCAGAUCUACUUUCUCUGCUCUGAGCCUCUGAGGAUGAUCAAAAAUUACUUUCGUUCUACUGAUUUGCUCAUGUGGAAAUUUUAUGGAGACCUGAACUGAAGAGGGCUGGCUUUCAAAUCUUGUGUUUUAAUUCAACUUUGCUAGAACAAUUUGACGUCUGCUCCAUACUUUUUUCCAGAAUGAGCCGUCCAAUGGAAGAAGAACCAGUGGGGAAGAAUGAGGAAGAAGAGUUCAAUACUGGUCCACUUUCUGUACUCAUGAUGAGUGUUAAAAAUAAUACACAGGUACUCAUAAAUUGUCGUAACAACAAAAAGCUUCUAGGUCGAGUCAGGGCUUUCGAUAGGCACUGCAACAUGGUUCUUGAAAAUGUCAGGGAAAUGUGGACUGAGGUGCCUAAGACUGGUAAAGGAAAGAAAAAAGCUCAGCCAGUGAACAAGGAUAGAUUCAUCAGCAAGAUGUUUCUUCGUGGAGAUUCUGUCAUCAUUGUUCUUAAGAACCCAAAAUAAGCUAGUAUUAUUGGAAGUAGUUGGAUCUUAUUUUACCUUGGUUUUCUUAAACUCUUGGUUUUUAGGCAGGGUUGGACUUAAAGCCCUUCAGAUUUUAUUGAUAUAUAUUGGUGGACUUGGUGCUCCAAAAAAGGAUAAGUGUUUUGUGGAUUUUAACAUGUACAAUUAAGGAAUGUAUGUAAUGGUUUUAACUCUGUAAAGAGCCUGUGUUGCAUUUUUA